AAUGGAAUCGCAGAUAAAACAUGCUGUGGUGGUGAAAGUAAUGGGCAGGACAGGAUCAAGGGGACAAGUGACUCAGGUGAGAGUCAAGUUUCUGGAUGAUCAAAAUCGUUUCAUCAUGAGGAAUGUCAAGGGACCUGUUAGGGAAGGAGAUAUUCUCACCUUGCUCGAGUCCGAGAGGGAGGCAAGAAGGUUGCGUUGAUCAUCAUCAUCUUCAUCAUCAUCAUCAUCAUGUUUCUUCAUGACCAUGAAUGAUUCACUUCAUUUUUCAACCUUUUGUAUUCGUAAUGCUUGACUUGAAUUGAUCCCAAACUUUGUUACUUAAUUUUUUUUUGUCUUGGGUGGUACAUUUCAAGAGCAACAUUGGGUUUUGGUGAAGUUUAGAGUGUUGCGUUGAUCGUCAUCAUCAUGUUUCUUCAUGACCAUGAAUGAUUCACUUCAUUUUUCAACCUUUUGUAUUCGUAAUGCUUGACUUGAAUUGAUCCCAAACUUUGUUUA